AUGACAUUCUUCAAGAAAUCCUCGAUCCUGUUCCUCUUCCUCAAUGCAAUCCGUUUUCUGUCCGUAUUGUCCAUCAUCAUGGCCUUCGCAGGGGAGAUGAUCGUGCUCGUAAAGUGAGUUUUCGUUUUUCGGCAAAAGGGCCUUUGUUCGGUCUUGAUGGCCCGUGCGAAAAAAAUGCGCUGACCCGGAGUCGAUGCUGCCGCAAAGUGACGUGAAGGGAUACCAAGCCGCUACUUCAGGAACAACUUCCACAUCGUCCUCUUCUUCACCGAAUUCCAAUACCUUCGCAGGAACGACGACUUACGCCCGACUUGCUCGUCGUUCCGCACGUCCCUUCGGUUCUCCACCAGUUGUAGCCGGCGGCUUGACCGCUCGUGUGGUAAAACGCGACUAUCUCGGCUCGCACGGCAGUAGCAUCCUCUCGGACGCCAACGACACCUUGAGUAACCUCAGAUCCUCCUCUUCCUUGACCCCCUCCGGCUCGUCAAGUGGUAGCAGCAGCGGUGAUAACGAGUCAUCCAGUUCGACGACCUCGACGGCGUGCUCCUAUGUCGGCAACACCUCGAUUCCGAAAGGGCCGGGGGGUAUUGUGUUUGUGGCGAUUUCGAGGAUCUUUUGCUGUGAGUUCUCUCGAAUUGUGGCCUUGCGAACUCGGAACGCUAAACCUCUUCGAUCUCCACAGGCAUCCUCCUCUUCUUCAUGCUCAUCUCUGAAACUCCGCCUCCAACGAAAUGGACCCAAAAAUUCUGGUCGUACGCGUUCCCACCUUUUGGCGAGAACUUUGGGGUUGGAGUGCUCGGUGUCGUCCAAGUCUACUUGGGUUCAGUCAUCUUGUCGCACAAGUAAGUCCCGUCGAACCCACCCAUCUCCAGUCCGAAAGCUAGCUCCUAACACCCCCCCCCCGCGGUCCAUCUUGCCCCCCCCCCCCCCCCCUCCCAAAAAAAAAGGGUAACGGGUUUCCCCCUCGUCGCAGCAUGGUUCCUCUUCAUCCUCGGUUUCGUCAACAUGCUCCUCGGUCUCUCCUUCGGUUCGCGCCUGAAGAAAAUCCGUUCUUUUUCGCCUUAUCAACUCGACGAUGGCUUGACACCUCUCAACUCGCGUACGUCCGGUCCAACGACGCGGAAUGAAGUAAACGAACGACGUGAUCGACCUAAUCGAGCCUCUAGGCUCGUAUCCGGUUUGAGGGCAUUCACACUGGGUACUUCAACAACCCCCUUUUGCAACUCGCAUGCGCCCUCGACCGAGAACAGUCCCCAACCGGACCGCGGUCAUGACACGAGUGAAAAACGUCGAGGUCGACCGAUUCAUAUCUCUGCGCCGAUGCAGCAGCAAAACGGCGCCGCCGGAGACUUCGCUUCGGGAAGUGGUACUACUACUACUAGUCCGGUGGUCGUUCCGAUGCCGCCACCGAUUUAUCAUGCUCAGAUGAGGAGGGUCAGUGCGGGGGAGUUUGGACAGUGA